AAGGGAUUGAAAUGACCGAGUGACUGCCCUACUCUGAGUGCUAGAGAAGUUUGAGGCGAACGGAGUAGUGUACUGUGGUGGCAUUCUUCGUUUCUUCUUAUUCUUCAGAGAGAUGGAAUUUGACGACCCUGAUGAUAUCUUCAGAGAUGAUGAAGACGACGCUGAUGCUCGAUUCUCUCUGGAAAAUGAGUCGAACAAAGAAUAUGUGGUUUUCCUGAUCGAUGCUUCUCCUAAAAUGUUCACAAAGAGUUGCCCAGCGGAAGACGAAGACCAAACCAAUGAAACUCACUUCCGCAUUGCCACCACUUGUAUCUCUCACUCACUCAAGACUCAGAUCAUCAACAGAUCAUAUGACCAAGUUGCCAUUUGCUUUUUUAACACAAGGGAGAAGAACAAUUUACAAGACUUAAAUGGUGUUUUUGUAUUUAAUGUUGCUGAAAGAGAGGAUCUAGACAGGCCAACAGCAAGGCUCAUUAAAGAAUUUCAACAUUUGGAGGAAUCUUUUUCUAAAAACAUUGGAAGUGUCAUGUCCGGCUCUCAAGAAAAUCCUCUCUACAAUGCUAUUUGGGUGGCGCAGGCACUUCUUCGUAAAGGGUCAGCAAAGACAGCUGAUAAACGCAUACUUUUGUUCACAAAUGAAGAUGAUCCUUUUGGGACUGUCAAAGGGGCUGCAAAAUCAGAUAUGACAAGAAUGACUCUGCAGAGAGCUAAAGAUGCGCAGGAUCUUGGCAUAUAUGUUGAACUUCUUCCCUUGAGUUGCCCUGAUGAAGCGUUCAAUGUAUCUCAAUUCUAUGCUGAUUUGAUUGGGUUGGAAGGUGCUAAUCUUGUUGACUUUAUGGCAACAACAGGAAACAAAUUGAAGGAUAUGAAAGAUCAGCUAAGAAAGCGCAUGUUUAUGAAACGCAUAGUCAAAAAACUUAAAUUCACUAUAGUUGAUGGGAUAUCAAUUGAACUGAAUUCAUAUGCUUUAAUUCGUCCCACUGUUCCAGGAGCGAUCACAUGGCUUGAUUCCAUUACUAAUCGUCCUUUGAAGAGUGAAAGAGCAUUCAUUUGUGGUGAUACUGCUGCAAUUAUGGAAGAGUCUUCUAGACGGUUUCAUCCUUAUAAGAACCAGAACAUUACAUUUUCAAUUGCGGAGCUAUCUCUAAUUAAAAGAGUUUCUACUGGACAUCUACAUCUUUUAGGGUUCAAGCCACUAAGUUGUUUGAGAGACUAUUACAACUUGAAGCCAUCAACUUUCCUUUAUCCCAGCAAUGAGGGUACAGAUAGUAGCAAGUGUAUCUUUAUUGCCCUUCAUAGGUCCAUGAUAGAACUCAAUCGUUUUGCAGUUGCAUUUAGUGGAAGUUCCUCUCGAACUCAAUUGGUUGCCCUUAUUGCUCAGGAAGAGGUGAUCCAAUCAGGUGGUCAGAUCGAGCCUCCUGGAAUGCACAUGAUUUAUCUUCCAUAUUCUGAUGACAUCAGACUUGUUGAAGAGCGUUACUCAAAUACAAGUGGGACGGUGACUAAAGCAAGUGAUGAUCAAAUAAAAAAGGCUGCUGAUUUAAUCAAGCGUAUUGACUUGAAAGAUUUUUCUGUAUGCCAGAUUACCAACCCUUCCUUGCAGAGGCACUAUGCAGUAUUGCAGGCAUUAGCUCUGGAAGAGAAUGAAAUUCCAGAAAUGAAAGAUGAGACAUUACCUGAUGAGGAAGGUUUAGCCAGACCAGGAGUAGUAAAGGCAUUGGAUGAAUUCAAGAUCUCUGUAUAUGGGGAGAAUUAUGAUGAGGAAAGUGAGCAUGGAAUUGGGAAGCCAACUGAAGCAUCCAAAAAACGAAAGGCACAUGCUGAGUUAGCAACAAAAGAGUGUGAAAACUAUGACUGGGGUGAGCUCGCUGAUGCUGGAAAGUUAAAGGAUUUGACUGUAGUGGAGUUGAAAUAUUAUCUCACAGCUCAUAAUCUUCCUGUUUCUGGGAAGAAGGAAGCUCUAAUUAGCAGAAUAUUAACUCACAUGGGAAAAUGAGCCAGCAGGGCCAAUAUCUUCCAUUAAUGAUUUUGUAACAUCAAUGGCCAGAACAUCCAAGACUCACAAGUACAAGAGCUACUGAAUUUAAUGUUUUAAUUCAUUGCUUGUUCUUGACCCGAUCUUGGAUAGCAUAUUCAAUUUUACUUACUAGCUCAGUAGCAAACUGUUUGUUACUUAAUAUUAUUUACAUAGUUUAAGAGAUUAUUUAUUGAUAUAUAACUUGACUUAAAUGCCAUUAUUUAUACUUCCGUUCCAAAA